AUGCUGCCCGAGUACUGGACGAUCGUGCUCGAGGCCAAGACGCCGUACGAACGAUCUUCCGAGCGAUUUGUCUUCUUCUGGCCGCUCACGAGCGAAACACGAUCGGCGCCAGCGGUCUCUGUCCUCCGCUUCCACCGCGUCUACCUCUUUGUCGCGGUCUUUCUCAUCCAGUUUUGCUCGGGGUCAGUCUACUCACUUCUCUCGCUCGCCGACCCCAUCAAUCGUUUCUUUGGCUUCGGUGACAAUUCGCCGGAAGCUACAAACCUCCUCUUCGAAGCCGGUGUCUUUAGCCUCCUCUCGCCCGCGCUCCUCGGACCGCUCCUCGAGCGCAAGGGGCCCCGGUGCAGCAUGGCUGCUGGCACCCUUCUCACGGCGCUCGGUCUAUUGCUAUCACACGCUGCGCUUCUCACGUCGUCGUGGACGCUCUUGCAUGUCGGAUUUGACUGCAUUGGGUUUGCAUUUGGCGCCAUCGUCACGUCGUCCAUCUCGACCGCGCUCAAGUGGGCCCCCGAUGUGCGCGGGACCGUCACGGGCGCGUGUCUUCUCGGGUCGGGCGUCGGCACCAACGUAUGGCGCAUCGCGUUCGAAGCGAUCCUCGCGUCGUCUUUUGAUAACCUCCGAAGCCUCUUUGGCCUCCUCUUUGCAGUGCUGGUGCCCAUUUUGAUGCUUGCAACGCUCGUGCUUCGGACGCCGCCGUCCGACUUUAGCGUCCGCGGCCACGACAUGCACUGCAUUCCGCUCGAGAAGGCGCCGAACGCUGACAUGGUCCUCGACGAGUAUUUCAAGGUGGGCAUGACACUCCUCAACUACAACGCGAUCCGUCCACCGUCCGACUGCCACCACGACGGCACCGAUCGACAAUACUACGAACAAGUCAAGGCGCUCACAUUACCCCAGUGCAUUCUCUCGACCGAUUUUUUGUGUCUCUUUGUGGCCUUUGCCGCCAACGGUCUCUCGGGCUUGCUCUACACGGAAGUCACAGCGGUUCAAGUCGAGAAAGAUUUGCUCGUAACCUGGUAUGCGAUUACGGACGAUGAUGCGACGCGGGUCCGACUGCGCGGCGCGGUGGCCGACCUUGUCGGCCGCUUUCUCAUCUCGGCGCUCUCGGACGUGUGCAUCCGCCUCUUUUAUGGCAACCCCGCGGUCGUGCGCAAGAGCGGUUUUGUGCUCUUGCUGCUCGUGCAGUGCAUUGCCGUGCCGAUGCUCUAUUUUGCCUCGGACAAUAUGUCCAACUUUGGUACCGUCGAGUGGCUGCUGUACACGGUGCAGUUUACUGCCAACGCCGGCGCGUCACUGAUUGUGUGCUUCCUUACCGACAUGUACGGCGUGUACCAUGUCGGCACCAUGUACGGCCUCGUGCUCAUGGGCUGGGCCGUCGACCAAGUCGUGCUCGGUCGGGCGCCGUUGGCGUCGCCCACAGAUCUUGCUCACCACGUCGAACUCGUUUGGUUCAUCUCGCUCGGUGGCCUCUUUCUCAUGUGGUUUGUGCGCACGACGUCGGCCGACCGCUUCUAUCGCGGGUACCAGCUCACGAUUUGCGGCAAAGUGCUCAUUCAACGCCCUGCCAAGUCGCGCUUUGGGGCUGAAAAGACUCACGGAUGCGACGCUGAUGCAGGGCACCCCGGAUCCUUUUUUCUCCUAAAUUCUGACUCGAUGCGCAAGCUCGAGGUCAACGACGUGCUGAGCCCGACGACGCCGUAG